AUGCUCAUCGAAGAAGGCGCGGUGGAGUUGGUAGUGCCAGGAAAUUUGCCAAUAGGUUGCUCAACGUCAUACCUAGCGACCGUUCCGCGUUUUACCAAGGACGACGUUAAUAUGACAACUAGUUGUCUCAAUCGUUUUAAUGAAUUCGCCAAGUAUCACAACGAUUAUCUCCAGCGAGAGUUGCAGCUUUUGAGACAAAAAUAUAGCCAUGCAAGGAUCAUCUAUGCGGAUUAUUAUGGAGAUGCCAUGCGUCUCUUUGAAUCACCAAAACAGUAUGGUUUCGGUAAUUUGAUACAGAAAGCUUGUUGUGGAGCUGGUGGACCAUUCAAUUUUGACGCCAUGAAGAUGUGCGGUUCCAAGGGCACAACUAUGUGUACAGAACCAUCAGCUUACAUACUUUGGGACGGAGUUCACUACACCGAGGCGGCGUAUCAGCACCUGGCCAAGGGUUUACUCGACGGUCCCUUCACUUCUCCACGUCUCGUUAACUAGAAGUCCGAAGGGGACAGUGCAUAAAGCUUCGAUUCUAAUGUCAAAGAUGAACUUAUGCUCAUGUUAUUCUACCUGUUUCUUCUUGUUUCAGACUUCCAUCCUGUAACCUUUUCUUGUUGGAUUAUCAUGCAUGUAAUGAGUCAUGAAUACAGAUUGUUGCUAUUGCGAG